AAAGGCUUACUACUACUACUACUACUACGAGACGUAUUCCCCUAAAAAAGGAGAAAAUUCCUCGCCGAUUUUUUCCCUUUACUCCAAGUCUUCCACACAGCAGACAAAGUCAAAUAUGAGAAACCCCACCGAUUUGUCCCAAUUGGAAACUUUUUCUUCCUAAUUUCCUCGCCGGUGACUCCCUGCUCGUUUUCUCCCAAUGCCUUUUUUGGUGAUUUUUCAUUGAAUUUCUUUCACUAUCUCUCUUCCUUGGCUGCGGAAAUUUGGUUUUGAAUAUUCAACCUACCGGUGUAGCCUGGUUUUUUCUCCCCAAUUGCUUUGAUCUGUAACCGAUAAUUUAAUUGUAAUUUGUUUGGUUUCUGGAAGAAUUUGCCAAAAUUACUUGCGAUUUUGUCGUUUGAAGAUCCGGAUUGAUGAGUAUCAGAUGGUUUGAAAUGAAAGGUGGAUAGUGAAUGAGUGAGUGAGUGUUUGUUUAGUCUUCAUUUCUAGGAGUUGCUUUGCUUCUGUGUGCUGUUGAAUUUGCUGAAAAUCUUCCAUCCUUCAAAUGGAUCUGAGUCAUGGCACAAUUCAUUAUUGUUCUGUUUCAAGGGGGGAACGUAUGCUCUAUGUGUAUAGUAAUGGUGAUCAGGAGAUUGAGAAUUUAGCUGAUUUAUGCUUGAAAAGUGCCCCUCCAUAUCACAAGUGGUAUUUUGAAACAUUGGGUAAAAAGACUUUUGGAUUUUUGAUGAAAGAAGGGUAUGUUUAUUUUGCAAUUGCUGAUGAAGUUAUUGGUAAUCAGCCUCUUCUCCAGUUUCUAGAGCAGUUGAGAGAUGAAUUCAAAAGGGUAGCAAAAAAGGGUUCACGAGGGAGUUUCUCAAGUAUGAACUCCACUAGUUUGCAAGAACAGCUAGUGCCUGUAAUUUGUAAGUUAAUCACCUCAUUGGAGAAUGUCUCCCACAAUAGUAAGGAUUGGAUGGCUGAAACCCCAUCCUCCAACAAUGGUCUGUCUCCAUCUCCGAGCAACGUGAAUGGGCAAGUGGACGUUUUGGCUUCCACGAAAGCCCCUUUGCUUGGGAAGUCAAACAAACCAGAGAAGAAAAAGGGAAAGGACCAUGUGAUAACAAUGAGAGGAAUUGAGAUGGAGGAGCAUAGAAAAUCUACGGACAGAGGUUUGAAGAUUGAUUCAGUCUCUUUGGAAUCCAGUAAUCAGGGUGGAUCAGGGUCUUCAAUUCCAGUGCAGAAAGACAGCAAUCCAUUGAGGAGAUCGAACUCUCAAAGCUACCCAAGAAGGUGGUGGCGUCAUGUGAGGAUCGCACUUGCUGUUGAUGCUGUUGUAUGUCUGAUAUUGUUUGUUAUCUGGUUGAUUGUCUGCAAUGGAGUUUCUUGUGUCCGCUGAGAGUUUUAUGUAUUUGUACAUGGAACUUGAAAGAUGAAAUAGGGGAGAUUAGAUCAAGGGAGAUAUGUUAAGUGAGGCUAACGAGUUUCUGAAGGGCCUUGAUUGAGUUCACACUUCUGAAAAUUGCAGAAUAAAAAAUGUUGUAUGUAUAUGCAGACGAAUUGUUAAUAGGUAUGAUUUUUCAUAUACUUAUUGCUAUUGUAUUUUAGGAUCUCACUUCUUCGGAUUUCUUCAACUUAAUAGUUACUUUUGUUGGUAUGUCUGUUUUGGGCUCUUAAUUGAUAAUGAUAUUUCACUUGUUAAUAA